AUGCUCCGACAUGAGCGGUUGGCGAAUGCCCCUUCCACCUCGCGUUCCGAGCCGACCUUCAACGAUCGAUUCGCCGCCGCCGCCCAGCUCCACCGAACUUUCCGUAGAAACCAUCACCGCCUUUCCAACCACUCCUCUGAGCAGAAUGGAGCUUCCAUUCGGGAUCAUUCCGGGCAGCUCACGCUUUCAUCAGGGGUUCGAGGAUCUAUCCACAACACUUCACACGCCUCUCGAAAGAGUGAAAAUUCCUGCAUGAUAAUGUAA